AGAACAGGCACAACUGUGGAAAGAGAAAGACUGAGGGCGUCCCAGAGCUCUUCACGCUUCAAAGCUGAUGUGCUUGUAAUAUUAUAUUACAUCUAUUAUAUUUGAUCCGCUACCCCACCCCCCACCCCUCCCCAGAAAGAAAUCUCUGGUCGAUCGAGGCAGGAUUGGCGUUGUCGGAGAGCACGCCUCCCCACCGUAAGCAACCCUGAAGCGAAUACCAAGUUCAUUGGCUGAGGAAGUGCCAGAUUUCAACCCAGCAGCUCGCCGACGGGAAUAAAGCAGGCUGUGAAAAUGUCUCCGAUACUCAGCCCCUCCACACGGUGAUGGUCUUGGUCUGCUUCGCACACCUCUGCUCAUCGCAGCCAGCGGACCUGUCUGUGGGGUCAGGAUGUGGAGCGGCAUGAACUCCAGCUCCGGGCAGCCCAGCAACAAUUCCUCGGUCGGCGCUGAACAAUGUAUGUCGGUGUCUAUCGUCUUCCCGGUCACCAUGAUGGUCACUGGCAUCGUGGGCAACACGCUUGCCUUGCUCCUAGCGUACAGGUCGUAUCAUAAGAAGGGGAACAAGAAGAAGAAGUCCUUCCUGCUGAUUAUUGGAGCCCUGGCUCUGACCGACCUGACUGGCAAACUUCUCAUUAGUCCCGUCGUCAUUUCAGUCUAUCUGGCCAACCGUCAGUGGAGCAGAGUGGACUCAUCAGGUAGCUUGUGUGCUUACUUCGGGGUCUGCAUGACCACAUUUGGGCUUUGCCCCUUGUUUUUAGCUAAUGCUAUGGCGAUUGAAAGGACGUUGGCCAUCUAUGCACCCCACUACUAUUCCAACCAUAUGUCAACCAGGCUCACCAAACUAGUGGUGCUUUCCAUCUGGGUCACCGUGGUCAUCUUUGCUCUGCUGCCAGUUGUUGGGGUUGGGAAGUACACGCUGCAGUGGCCGGGUACUUGGUGCUUCAUCAAUACUGGAGGCCAUAUCUUGGGGAACACAAUUUUUGCUUCGACGUUCACCGUGCUGGGUAUCGUUUCCUUGCUAGUCACACUAAGCUGCAACGUCGCUACAAUCCGAGGUCUGGUAAUUCGCUGCAAGAAGAAGGUGCCGUCCUCCAACAAACAAUGGGAAAGGAUCACAGUGGAAACACUGAUCCAGCUGUUGGGCAUCAUGUGUGUGCUCUGUGUUUGCUGGUCCCCUCUCCUGGUACUGAUGCUGAAAAUGAUCUACACUGAAAGUUCAUCUGAUCACUGCUACACUUCUCUUUCAGACAACUCAUCAAUCUCCAACACUGAUCUGCAAAGUGAUUGCAGUAUUUUCCUCACAGCCAUUAGACUGGCAUCAUUAAAUCAGAUCCUUGACCCCUGGAUUUAUUUGCUGCUUCGAGCAAUCCUAUUAAAGAAGGCAUGUCAAGUAGCCAAUGCUGUCACUAAUUGCUCCGUAGAGGGUUUGAAAGAGGUUCCUGUAACAGCUGAAGCAAAGGUCCAUUUGAAAGAACCAACAUAAAUCAAAAUCUGAUUGACUGCAUGAUGAGGAAAAUUUUAAUCCUCAGUUACUUUAAACUGUGGAAUGUGCAUGUAGAGCACCUCUUAUAAAUAGUGAAAAACAUUUUCAUUUGUUUUAUCUGAGCUGCUGGAUUGAUGAAUCUAAAAGUUUGUAGCUAUUCCUUAGAAAUUGUUAAUUUCACACACCUUUUGCUGGCUGACACAGUGGAGAUGCAACAGCAUAUUUUGUAUAGAAUCUGUAGGUAGCUACCCCCUCUAAUUUGCCCAUAAUAUAAGAAUAUUUGUAAAGGAACCAGAGAGGAACUGGAAAGAACUUUUGCGGAAGAUAAUGAUUGGGAUCACAUUGUCAGACAUGGAAACAGAAUUGAUUAUAACUUCCAAAAAGGAAUUAACUAAGUUAUUGGAUUUACAGGACUUUGGGAAAAAGAGCAGAGGAAUUAGAAUAAUUAGGAAUCAAAAGAUUCAGCAUGUUAAUAAUUAGCUGCAUGGCCCCCUUCUGUUCUGUGAGAUGUUAUGCGAAUUUAAGCCUGAACAAAAAUGUUGAAAAAAAUUAGUAGAAAAAAGUAAACAAACAAAAAGUGAGACCAUAGAAGGAAUGAGUCAAUGUACAAAUGAAUGUGAAUGUCUCGGGAGUUGAUCACGUGUUUGUGCUAGGUUCACUGAUUUAUGUGUGCCAGUGGCUCACCAUAUUUGGCUCAUUCAUUCUAGAGCUCUGGUCGUGAUUGAACCAGUGAUGAUAUUUCUCUUUUUCUCAUUUCUGGGCUGUUAUAGCAUCAUAGAGUAAUAUAGCACAGAAACAGGCCCUUCGGCCCAGCUCAUCCAUGCUGACCAAGAUGCCCAUCUAAGUUAGUCCCAUUUGCCCAUAUUUGGCCUAUAUCUCUCAAACCUUUCCUAUCUAUGUAUCUAUCCAAGUGUCUUUUAAAUGUUGUUACUGAACUGCCUCUACCACUUUCUGUGGCAGCUCAUUCCAUAUACACACCACUCUGCAUGAAGAAGUUGCCCCUCAAGUCCAUUUUAAAUCUUUCCUUUCGCACUUUAAACAUAUGCCCUCUAGUUUUUCACGGCUGAAGUCAAGUUUAUUGUCAUAUGCACAAGUACAUGUAUACACAGGUGCAAUGAAAAACUUAGUUGCAGCAGCAUCACGGGCACAUAGCAUCAGAUAAGCAACAUUCCCUUUUCGCAGGAAAGAAAGUACUGUCUAUGCCCCUCAUCAUUUUAUACACCUCUAUUAUGUUAAACAGGCUUCCAGAGUUUAGUCACUUACUAGGUGGCUGCAUAACCAAUGGACAGCCAGGGUAGUUACGGAGGUCCCCUCUCUUAUGUGGAACCACAGCUAAUUUGAAAUAGGAAUUUUGUACAAGGGUAGAAGACAGCGGUAUCGAAAUAGAUAAAAAAGUCUUAAAAGAAUCAUAAUAUGCUUCGAUGUCUAGUACAGAUAUGCAGACUAACUGCACUCGUAAUUAUGUAAACAAUAUUCGCUUCAUGAAAAUUACCUAUAUAGGAAUAUGAUAACUGUACAAUUUAAAGACAAUAUUGUUUGUACAUAUGGUGUUGUAAUUAAUGUGGUAAUUAUCUUUUUUCUGAUGUAAUUCAGAGAUUAGUGACCAAUAAUUAAGUACACUUUUACCAAGGAUUGAUGUAAUGCACAUCCAAAAAUUAAUUUGAAGAGAGGUGUUUAAAUCAUGAGGAGAUGAUCAGUGAUAUAUUUUAAAAUAUGGAGUUGUUAUUGUCACUGUUAUCUUCAGAGUAUUAAUUACAUUGCACACAUAUAUUUGAAAAUGCCGCAUCACGUCCAAUAAAGUUAUCGAUUUGUAUUGUGUCCUGAAGUGAAAUGUCCUAAAUUGGUCCUGUGCAGAUUGCAUAGAUAUUUUCUAUAUAAAUUACUCACACAAGUACAGUGGACUGCUUUGAAUGAUUUUUAAUUAUUUUGUGCUGGUGAGUUUUAUGUUUGAUCAAAAUUGACACCAACUUGCACUUUUCUCAGAUAAAUUCUGACAUGUAUCUUUUUCAACACAACUAAUGUAGCUUUUUACUAUAUUGUUCAUGUAUACCUAACCCAGCAGGAGUCAUCUUCCACCCCUUGUUAAGAAUAAUAUGAUCCCUAAAAGUUAAAUGAAUCUACUUAAGGAAUGUUGAUAGUGUCAUCUGAGUAAAGAUGUCACCCUGGAGGUACACAUAUGUCAUUUAAACCUUGAAUUAUGAAGCAUUUACUUUACACCAGUAAAUGGCAUGUAAAGAUCUAGAAUUUUGUUUGUAUCUUGUGAUAAUUGCUUUAGAUUUCAACAAUUUUUUUGUAUUUGUACAUCGUAGAAACAAAGGGAUACUUCCUCUGUUUCACAAAUUUAGUCUAUAUAGUUAUAUUUGUUAGUUACAAGGCUACCAAACUAGAAACUUUCUCUGACAUGUAUAGUUAGAUAAGUAUUUGAAAAUAAAAAAGGAAUUGCAUUAGUUUUA